AUGAACAUUUAUUAACAAAAUUAAUCAGCACUUAAAACUGCUUUUAUAUUAUAAGCUAUUUUAACUGAAUAAAAGAUUAUCUUUUUAAAGUAAUCCUUAAAUAAGGCCUAAAGAGAUGUAAUAUUAUAUUUAAUAAAAUCUAGUUAAAUGAAUUGAGAUUUCAACAAAAUCAUUUGUAGUCUAAAGGAGAGGAUUUGAUUUCAAAUCAUCAAAAAAAUCAAAGGAAACUUUUGAAAUAAGUAGAUGAAUUACAAUAAUUGAUAACAAAACUUAAUCUUAAAUAAGAUUAGAUUAAUUAAUUACAGCUUUCAAAUAUGAUAUUUGGAAUGAUCAAAUUGAAAGGUACUAUUGAAAUAUUUCAAAAGUAAAAUAAAUAAUAAAUAGAAUUAGAUUACCCUCAAUAAAUUUCAGUUUUUGUAUCAUAAAUAAUUUAAUAUUAGAAUAGUUUUUAUAGUUGAUUGA